GUGCCCACGUGCCCUGGGUAUGCACACACACGUACAAACACACACAUGCACACGGGGGGGGCUCUCUGAGGCCGUCCCCCCCAGCGAGCUGAAGCAGCUGUCGGCAGCCGGCAGCAAGUACAUCGACACGGAGGUGGAGAACGCCAUCAGCGGGGUGAAGCAGAUGAAGGCGCUGAUGGAGCGGAGCAGCAAGGAGCACCAGGCCCUCCUGCACACCCUGGAGGAGACCAAGAGGAGGAAGGAGGAGGCGGUGCAGCUGGCGCAGGAGAAGGAGAAGGAGCUGGCGGAGAGGCAGGAGGUGUGCAACGAGACGAUGCUGUCGCUCUGGGAGCAGUGCAAGCCCUGCCUCAAGCACACCUGCAUGCGCUUCUACUCCAGGACGUGCCACAGCGGCUCGGGGCUGGUGGGCAGGCAGCUGGAGGAGUUCCUCAACCGCUCCUCGCCCUUCUCCAUCUGGGUGAACGGCGAGCGCGUGGACGCGCUGCUGGAGCGGGAGCAGCGGCAGGAGAGGCAGCUGGAGGAGCUGGAGGAGCGCUUCGGGCUGCUGGAGGACGGCGUGGACGACAUCUUCCAGGACAGCGCGAGGGUCUACGGCCGCCUGGCCCCCUUUUUCCAACCGCCCUUCGGGGGUUUCCGCGAGGCUUUCCUGCCCCCCCCCGCCGUGCACCGCGUCCGCUCGCCGGCGCGCGGCGAGAGGCUGGCGAGGGAGCUGCGCCCCUUCGGCCAGCACCCGGCCCGCGGCUUCCACCACCUCUUCCAGCCGCUCUUCGAGCUGACGCAGCGCAUGCUGGACGGCGUGCCGGGCGGCUGGGAGCACCCCCUGGCAGGAUUCGGCCCAGAGUCCCGAAACUCGAGCAACGAGCGCAUGGUGUGCCGCGAGAUCCGGCGCAACUCGGCCGGCUGCCUGCGGCUGCGCGACGAGUGCGAGAAGUGCCGCGAGAUCCUGGCCGUGGACUGCUCGCAGACGGACCCCGCGCGGGGCGCGCUGCGGGAGCAGUUCGAGGACGCCCUGCGCCUGGCCGAGCGCUUCGCCCGCCGCUACGACGAGCUCCUGGGCGCCUUCCAGGCCGAGCUGCUCAACACCAGCAGCCUCCUGGAGCAGCUCGAGCGGCAGUUCGGCUGGGUCUCGCGCCUCGCCAACCUCACCCAGGGCUCCGACGGCUUCCUGCAGGUCACCACGGUGCUCUCCAAAGCCCCCAACCUCGAGGACCCGUCGGCGCCCGCUGACACGCAGGUGACGGUGCAGCUCUUCGACGGGGAGCCGCUGUCGCUCACCGUGCCCGGGGACAUCCCCUGGGACGACCCGCGCUUCAUGGAGACCGUGGCCGAGCAGGCGCUGCGGCACUACAAGCAGAACGCCGUAGAGUAGCCACCCCGCUGCCGCAGCAGCCCCGCGCGGGGGCUCAGCCCCUCCAGCCUCCCCCUACCCGCGGGUGAAACACCGUCGGCACCGCUCCUGCUGCUGGGCCCCCGAGGGUCCGGGACAGAAAAUAAAGGUAGAGUUCCCCCA